AUGCCGUCAUCAUUACCAUACUUGUGCCUUCGUGAAAUAUUCGAAUUUAUAUUAUAUGAUCCUGAAUUACAAUGGCAUCAAAAUAAUCUAAAUAAUCUAAAUCUAAGUAAUCUUCUCCCAAGUAUUUCGGUUUGUAAAGCUUGGUGUGAAACAGCAUUGCCAAUUUUAUGGAGAGAUCCAUUUUGUAAUCACCCACAAGAAGAUAAUGCGACGAUUCUUUUGGACGUUUAUCUUUCUAGCUUUACUUUGGAAGAAUUAUACCGCUUGAAUUUACCUUCAAAAUUGAUUGAAAUUUAUCAAAAGAGACGACCCACUUACGAUUACGCUAGAUUUUUGCGUAAAAUGGACCUUACACAAAUAAAGACGGUGACUUCCUUUUGGUUGGAGAGCAAAAGAGACAAGGUUAAAAUUUCAAAUGAUUGUCCGAUUUUUCAAUCAAUCUGUAGUCACUUUGUUAGUCACGCGAUAAAUAUUAAAUAUGCAGCAUUUGAACCUGAAUAUGAUUCCUUGAUAGAUUUCAACUUAUUCAGUUUACCCGGUGCGAUAUCCAGUCUCUCGAAUUUAAGCGAAUUUUCUUGUUACGGCGAGUCGUAUAAUAUAAGCUUAUAUAAGCAAGCUUCAGAAAUUUCAACAAAGGUUCAUGAUUUAAAAAUUUCCUUAAUUCACGGGUGUCCUCUUAAUUCUUCAACUUUAAUUGAUAUUUCAAAUUAUAUAAGAUCACAACGACAACUUGAACGAUUUUCAAUUGAUAAUCGAAUUGGAUGUUAUUGUUGUUCACAAGAUCAAGAUCAUUCUUUAUCAUUAGAUUUAACGACCGUCUUCAAAUCCUUAAGUACGCAAACGACAACUUUAACUCACUUAAGUUUCCUUUCAAUUGAUUUUCAUCAAAAAUUUCUUUUUAAUCAAUUAUCACAGAGCAAAAAUCUCAAAGCAUUAAACAUCACCAGAUGUUGGAAUUUUGGGGAAGUUCAUUCAAUAGAUUUAACUUCUGAUUCAUUCACACGUUUAUCCGAUUUACGAAUCAUUUUGAGCUCAAUACCCGAAAAUGUUAUUAGAAUUUUAUUAACAGGAUCAGGAAGUUGUUUGAGGAAUUUAGAAUUUGAACAAUUCGGAAUUAUCACAGACAUCCUUAAAUAUUGUUCAGAUAAUAAUCCUAACCUGGUAAAUGUUUUGGUUUAUAUAGAUCCGAAAGAAAUUGUGAAUCUACCAAAGUUUUUACGUUCAUCAACAAAACUUUGUAACCUUGAACUCUGGGAUAAAAAUACCCCGGAUGGACGAAGGUUUAGUGAAUUAUAUUAUUUAAUGAGAUUUGUUGAAACGAUUGACCUAGAUGAAGAGAUGUUUUCCGAAAUUGGGGACUCACUACCGAAUAGCUUGGUGAAUUUAAAGAUCAAUAUGAAAUGGAAUUUUAGUGCAAAGUCUCUGGAGAGAUUUAUAAAGAAUUGUAAAGCUCCAUUGGAUUCUUUGGGAUUUGAGUUUUGCAAUUGUUUUGAUGACGAACAUUUCCAAGUUCUUGUCAAAAAUUUAAAACGUCCCUUGAAAAAUUUAAAUAUUAAGCAUUGUAGAGCAAACGUAGAUUCGGAAAUUCGCACGAAAAAUAGAGAUAUGAUACAGCAAAUUGAUUCGCUCAGCAGACGUAAAAUGAUGUAA